GAGGUGACAGCAAACUUGGAUGACAAGGAUUAUAUUGUCGAUUCAUCAUGUGGCUCCAUCUGCUGGUUGUGUUGGGUUUGAUCCUCUUGUACAGAUGGUACCGACAAAGUCUAAUCUUGGACAAUCUUGUAGAUAAAUAUGUCUUCAUUACUGGAUGCGACACAGGAUUUGGGAAUAUUCUGGCAAAGAACCUGGACAGACGAGGAAUAAGGGUUCUGGCUGCUUGUCUGACAGAUAAAGGGGCUGAAAAUCUGAAGAAAGAGGUCUCCAGUAGACUGCAGACAGUCAUUUUAGAUGUCACUGACAGUGAGAGUGUUCGCAAUGCAGCCAAAUGGGUGUCAUCUAUUGUUGGAGACAAAGGGCUCUGGGGCCUAGUAAACAAUGCAGGAGUCAGUAUCCCAUGUAGUCCUGAUGAAUGGAUGAUCAAAGAAGAUUAUUCAAAAGUCAUUGAUAUUAACCUGUUAGGGAUGAUUGAUGUGACAAUCAAUUUCUUAUCAUUUGUCCGGAAGGCUAGAGGACGCGUGGUUAACAUGUCCAGUUCGGUAGGAAGAAUUGCUAUAACUAGUGGAGCAUAUUGUAUAUCCAAGUAUGGAGUAGAAGCCUUCUCAGACAGUGUCAGGCGUCAGAUGAAGCCUUUUAAUGUGAAAGUGGCUAUCAUAGAACCAGGAGGAUUUGGCACACAGAUAACAAAUAUUGAUGCUCUCAAAGCAGAUAUAAGCAGGACUUGGAAAAGUGCUCCAGAAGAAGUCAAAAGAGAUUAUGGAGAGGAUUUUUUUAAAGAAAGCCUCAAGGCUGCUGACGCAGUAAAAUACAUUACCAAUCAAAAUAUUCAUCUGGUCCCACAGACUGUAGAGCACGCUUUGACUGCUGUUUAUCCAUGGACCCGAUAUUCUGUAGGCUGGGAUGCUAAACUCAUUUUCCUGCCUCUGUCUUAUUUUCCAACGUUUAUCACGGACUUUAUCCUAACCAUUAGUCAGCCUAAACCAGCCCAGUCAAUGUGA